AUGGGCAAGGUAACACAGUAUAACGUUACACGACAACAGAUACAAACGAUACAAAGCAACAACAAAGGUCAGGGACUGUACAAGACGCCUAUGUACAUAACGGAGAAUCGCAAUGGAGAUGUUAUUGUGUCUGACUUUUGGCGCUAUGCUGUUGUGGUGACAGAUUGUGAAGGGCGAUACCGCUUCUCCUACAGAGGAGAUACAUCAGAAUCACGACUAAAUCCACGUGGAAUCUGUACUGACGCGCUGUCACACAUCCUGGUGUGUGAUGAAGACACACACUCGGUACAUAUGAUUGACAAAGAUGGAUAUUUCCUUUUAAGGAUACUUACUCAAAAACAAGGGAUAUACAAACCAGCAGGCCUGUGUUAUGAUGAAAAAGCCCACCUUCUCUUGGUAGGAUCACGAUGGAAAAACUGCGUAUAUGUAUACAGAUACAUAAAAAGGAAGAACAAACUCAAAUAUUUAUAUCCCCCGCUUGAAAUGCGGGAGGAUAUAUUGUAA